AAUUUGUAUGUAAGCCAGAAUAGUAGUAUUGUAUAAUACUAUAUAAGUAGUAUUGUGUAAUGAACUCAAACUGUUGUGUAUAACUUGAAUCAUUGAAUCAAUUCAAAUUUUGCUACAAUAGGCUCCGUUCUUAACUACGGGUCUUCUGUAACCCAGGUGUUCUUAACCCAGGAACUACCUGUAAUUCAUUCCAGUGGUGUCACAGGAUUUGGUCUUUCAUCAUCAAUCUUUGGCAUUCCAAAAAAUUCUUCAGAUCCUUUACCAAGCUACUUUGUAAAUCCAGUAAAGAGGCAUCGUCCAGGAUUUCUUGUCACAACUGCUCCUUGUCCAAGUCCUCUUCUUGAUUUAUUUUUUGUAUUUCCAUUAUAGUAAUCUUUUCAGUUUUAUUAUAUUCCAUACUUUCAAGUUCUAUUAUAUCUGUGUCAGGUAAAAGUUGGUUUUUAAAAUCUUCCUUAACAUCUUCUAAAGGUUUAACUAUUGGGACCUAUAUGAUUUCUAAGAUAUUAGUUAUUAAUAGCUCAGUCCAUUUUUCAAAAAUUUCUUUAAGCAACUUUUAAAAGGGUUGACCAUUUCAAAACCUUAGCUUGAAAGCUGAUAGAUGCACUUUCUUUUUUUUUCCCCCUGCCUGGUUCUUUAGUCUCUUCUAAUGUCCAUUUGCAACAUUCAGAUAAUCUCAAUUCCUAAUAUAGAUUUAAUUCCAUCUCAGUCAUUUCCCAUGAGGGAAUUAUUUAAUUAUAUUCUUGUUUUUCAGAUCUUACAGAAAAAGUACAAAUGCGUCAAAUUUCUCUGGUCUCCUAGUCUGUUUAUAACUUCUUUUUUUUUUUUUGCUUUCUGCCAAUAAUAUAUUGUUUUUAAACUCUUAGGUCUCUAUUUAAAAUUUCUUAUCUCAAAGAAAGAAGGUAAAACUUAGCAGGUGUCAAAUUAAACUCAGCAUUUUGAAGGUCUCUAAUACUGUAUCCAUAAGAUGGUUAAAUAGAUCAUUUCUGAAAGUGAUUAGAAAGUGAGUACAGCUGGCUAAGUGUCCUUUUUAAAAUUGCCGCCGUGGCUGAGAGAAACAUGUCAUCUCCCUUCAUCUCCUGGUGCUCAAUCCUGUGGGAGACCACUGUUUUAUGAUCCCCUCGUGAGGAGCAUAGCAAUUGGUGAGAAUUUUGGGAGUUGCAGUCCACAUCUCUGAAGGACACCAACGCUGGAGAAUCAUAAAUGCUAGUUCCAUAUUCAUUUGUUCCUCAUAUCCAGAUUGCUAAACAUUUAGGUAACCAGUCUAAAGCAAGGGUCCCAUGGAAUGGAGAAGAUAAGCUUCUGAACAAGCUAUCCUGCACUGGUGGCAGAUGGAGUCAUCUCUUUUUCUGUAGAAGUAGAUCAUUGCCUUUGGCUUCACACCUAGAAUCUUCCCAAAGGAGCAUCCUACUCUGGACAUGCAACAUUUAUGAUAUAUUCAUACAGGUCACCUUCUGAUUGGUUCUGUUGCUUGUCUAUGAGCUGGUUACACCAUAUAAGUGGAAAUUCUUUGCUGGUUUUAGGAAUCAGUCCAGUUAUAGGAAAACAGUGUUUGUUUCAGGAGGUCUAACAUAGCAUCUGUGCUGUGUUGGGUCUUGCAUACAAGGCAUUUCACCUUUGGAACUUCUUUCACAGUUCAACCUCUUCCCAAGAUCUCCAACCUCCUUCCUUAUCAUGCCCUUUCAACAUACAGCCUUGUUCUCUAUAAUGUUUAUAUAAAUAUUUCCUUAACACUGUAAAACAAGAUGAAAACCAACAGCCCUGGCCUUUACAAUAUCAUAGUUCCCUGCGAGUUGAACUUGACUUCUGGUGCCUUCAUUAAAUGGCCAUGUAUUAUUUUUUGUAAAUAAGAUGGAACUGAUUUGCCAUUGCCUUCUCCCAGAAUGCUUUUUCAGCUUCUCAGUCUAGACUAUGAUGCUGAUGUUUUCUGGUACCUCCCAACUAAAUAUUAAUCGAGUCUGACCCUGCUUGGCAUUUCAAGAUCAGCCAAUGUCAACUAGAUGCUGCCACCUAGCAGGGAACAUAAUUAAUAUAUGAUCAACUGCUGUGAUGGAAUGGACUUAUGAAGGCCAGGCUCAGGGAGAUAAACGUGUUCUUAGUCCACAGCGUGAGCAUGGGAAGUUCAAGAGGAUGAGGCUGGCACCUCCCUAAGGAAUUCAUGGUGUUGUGGCUGGCUGGCUUGGGAGCUGGGGUUCAGUCUGGGGAGAUGGGGCAAAUGAGGUAUUUUUAGUGACAGAGGAGCAAAGCUGUACGUGGACAUUUUAGUGUGAUGCUGGAGGGGAUGCCAGAAGGAAUUACUGUACAGAAACUCCGUUCACAUGUGUGAACAUUAAACACUGCCUUAUUUGUAUAAAAGUCUGGUACCCUGAAGUCAGCUAGGAGACUAAGCCUUACUCAUAGGGAAACGGACCGCACGCCGACGACCUAAUGAUUAGUCUUUUGCAUCCUGCCUAGUUCUGACGGUAACCUUGAAUCCCACUGUGAGCAGAAAUCAAGCAAAUGGUGGCCUCUUCCGCUUGAAUGCUUCACGUUGCUGUAUCUCCUUUAGCUCUUACACACAACGCACUGCCACCCCUUUUGGUGCCAGAUGUUCUCAUUUCCCCAGACCUUUGAGAUCUAGCAAUGUACAUUAUACCGCUGGUCGUCUACAACGAUAUUGCGAAUUGCCCCGCAUUUAGUCCCUGUUGCUCCCCUUUGGAGAUGCGAGCGGCGCCCUACGCUCUCCUGGCGGCGGUUCCCCCCGUUCCGCGGCUUGUUCAAAUUGCAACAAAGGCUUCGAAUGACGGGCAGCUCCCGCGAAGAAGAACCGGGCGGUUCCUGAAAGUUUCAGCAUCCCCGAAAGCGCCGUCGUUUCUCCCCGCUUCUCCUCCCGGCGCUACAAGGCUGGCGCAGCGCGGGGGCCGGCCCAGGCUCUCCGGUGCUUCCCUGCGAAGCGCGGGCCGGCCUGUCGCGUAGAGGCGGGUUUCCAGGAGAGAAGGCAGGGCCUCCAGCUGGGAGCGCUCCCCUUCGGACGCGGCUCGUCUCCGGGGUGAGCGGCGGGUGGAGCGCCAGGGCGCACGCGGAGUCGCUGGGCAGGCGGAAGGGCCUCCCCCGAGCCUCACCGUCUCGGGGAACUGCGAGGUCGCUCUUGCUUCCGCUUCCCGGAUAACGACUACUCUUCAGACUACAGAUUUGUCCACAUUAGCACUGCUGAGCUUUCAUCAUUUCCUGAGUAACCUACAUUAAAGAUUUGCACAUACAAAAAGGAAGAGAAACAGGUGACAUCAAUAAUGGCAAGGAUGGUAAGAAGAAGGUGUGCAUUAUGUCCAAAAGAGGAAGAUGGCGAUGUGAUUAUGUACACUGCUGAAGAACAGAAGCUUGCAGUUCAUCAAAACUGUUUGUUAUAUUCUUCAGGAUUUGUGGAAUCAGAAGAAGAACAUAAUUCUGAGAAUCUUAGUAUAAGGUUUGAUGUGGCUUCAGUAAAGAAGGAAAUAACAAGAGGAAAGAGGCUGACAUGCAGUUUCUGUCACAAGAAUGGAGCAACUGUUGGCUGUGAAAUAAAAAGCUGUCGCAGAAAUUACCAUUAUUUUUGUGCAUUGCGUGAUCAUGCUGCAAUGAAAGAAAAUAAACAGGAAGGCAUCUACUGUGUCUUCUGCCCAAACCAUGACCCAGGCAAGAAAUCCAGUUCUCAUGAUGAAGGCAGUAAGAAUGGAGUGCCCCCGACCCUAACGAAACCUUCCUCCGCUCCGAACAGAACGAAUGAUGAGACAGCUGAGGAAGAGAACAUGCAAGUCCUUAGGAGAAAAGAUGACCCACACAAAGCAAGGAUAGAAUAUUUAAAGAAGUGUAAGGAGGCUGGGCUUCUGGAUAAAAUCUUUGAUGACAUGUUAGGCACUCUUCACCUGGCACAGAAAAGGCUGAUGGAUGACAAUACUUCAGAAGCAGAGUAUGAAGAAACAGUCAGCUCACUUCUUGACGGUGGUCUCUUUGAAAAUAUUCUUACAGCUGCUCAUUCUGGAAAAGAGAAAAAAAUUCAGGAACUAAUGAAUACACGGGAAAGACUGGAUGCCCAGAUUGAACAUUUAAAAAAUUUCAAAGAAACAGUACUUCCUGUCUCAGAAAACUCAGCUAGCACAUCUAGUAAUGUCUCUGAAUAACCUACCACGUUCUAUAAUGUUCAUUGAUUUCUCUCACUUCAUUUUUGUAUAAAAUUGACUUUUACACAUCAACUUUGUGAUAACUGCCGUUUUCUCAUUUUUACAGUUGAGACGUUUUUGUUCUAGCCGAUGUACUUUUUACCAUUUGUUUUAAAUUAGAAUGUACACUUCCAAGAUCAUGCUUCAAAUCCCUUCUAUUAGAUGAAAAUUCAUGGAAGAAAGUGAAUGAAUUCAUCAUAUGCACUUCAUUUGCAGACGGAACUAUUAAUACACCACUCUAAGUUGCCCUUGUGGUUAUCUUAGAGUAGGGCUACCAGAUCUGGGUUAUAACAAAUCAGGAUGAUCACUAGAGGACAGCAAAGAAAGACAGAAAAAAACAAUGCUUUGCUGCCCUUAAUGGUUAUCCAGGUUUUUGACUUCUGGGGAGGAAUAGCAGAGCCAACAAUUGUGGUAAAGAACAAGGAACUGAUGAGUAGAUCGGCUCCUUUGACCCUCUCUGACAGAGAGGAUGUGAGAUUGCCCAGGAUGUGCUCAAUAUGGUUGCUCCUCACAAGGAGACCGCAAGGCAGCAGUCUCUGGAGGGUGGGAAAACCAGGAGAUGAGGGAAGUUGCUAUUCUUGCUCCAGCCGCAGUCAAAGCCUUUCAAAGACGCUAAGUUCACACUUCCUUUGCUAAUCACUUCUGGAAACCGCUUAUUAAUUGCUUUAAAGAAGUUAGACACCUUCAAACUUCUUCGGGUGAGUGCCUUCAACCCUUAAUAUAAGAAAAUGGAAGUGUAUCUUUAUAAGCUUUAAAAAUUUAAAAUAAACAGAAAGCAAGACAAGGUUUUGGCUAUAGAAAGUUUUAAAUGGACUAAGGGCUCAGAAAACGGAAUAUUUUUUGAAUAUUAAGACUUUGAAAUUAAUUUUAAAUAAAUACAUUUUUGUGGGAAGGAAAAAUUAUUUUUUAUAUUGGAGACAUAACUUAUAAUGGUGUUUAGAGACAUUUUUGAGGAAUAGCAUAGGGACCUUGAAUCAAUAAUGUCAGCUGUGUUGUGUGUUCUUAGGAACUCUGUUCCCAAGAGAAGCUGUUAAAGAGAAAGAUUUGCAAUAAGACCUAUCUGAGAACAACAUGAACAAGAAUUUGUCAUUAGACAUAAAAAAAAAA